AUGAGCAACGAUCCGGAAAUCCAACGCUUCAUGGAGCAGCAGACGGCGGCAGCCCGCGUGUCAGCAGCCUCGCUUGGCUUUGCAGAGAUGUGCUUUGAGAAAUGUGUGGACCGUAUCGGUAGCAAGGAAAUUUCCUCCUCGGGUGACUCGCGCACGGCCUCGUGCAUGUCCAACUGCGUUUCUCGCUUCCUCGACACGAGCGAGCUCCUCCUGCAGCACAUCCAGUCCAAGGCGACAUAA